CUGCAUCAUUUACUCAAUAUUAUUAUCAUUUUACCCUACAUACACGCCAAUCAAUAACUUACAAUGGCGUCAAACCCUGCUUACAUACACCCCCAAAUCCCCGAUCCAACAGUUAUCACUCCUCCUCAAGACUUCCACAUCUUUGCGCCAAAAAAUCCCCAUCCAGACUUUAGCAAUGAUGUAAUUCAACACACUCUGCGUUUGAAGGCGUACGAUCCCUUGGAUCUAAGUCAAGCUCUCUGUUUUGCGAUCGAAUCCCGUUUAUCUAACCAGCAAACAAUUCUGGAUCAUCUAGACCUGGCAGAGAGGCAGCUUCUAGGGACUGUCAUGGAUAGAAGCUACUCAAAUCUCAGACUGACAGAUGGAGAACGAAGCGACAGCCUGCUCGAGAUGCAAGCCAUCAAGAACUUGGCAUUGGAAUUCUUUCCUACCUUUAACAAGAUGUUGUUCGGAGGGAGUCUGACCGAGUACCUUAAAGACGUACAGGCAUACAACUUCGAUGCUUUGAAAGCAUCGAAUCCUACUCAUGAAGCUGUCACCGAGAACGCGAUCGGUUGGUACCAAGAAGAAGAAAGAACCAUUUAUAUAAGGACAAACCCACCCAUGUACGAUUUUGCUGGAACUGCUGCGACAGAAGUCCAGAAGUACCUGACAAUAUUCGUUCACGAAUUGGUACAUACGUUCUUUUGGGCUUGGGGCUGCAAGUGUGCCAACAGAUGCUCACAAGAUGAGGUUUUAGGGAAUAUUUUCGGCCAGAGUGGUCACGGGCCAGCAUGGAUGCAGGUCAUGCAUACCAUAUCUCAAGCGCUUGAAAAAGACUUGGGGUGGAAGAUCGAUACCGGGAUGGCUUAUUCAUGUGAGAUUGAAGAAAAGAAUAGCGGAUUCAAGUUUCCAGAAUCGAUGCUGAACUCUUGGAACAUGCGUCGAAUAAAUUUUUCACAAGAGGACUGGAAAUUGAUACCGAAGAUUUGGUAUAACGUCCAUCCCUGCGUAACGGAAAACCCUCCGUGCCGGAAAAUCCAACUGGUACAUUGACUUUAAGCAUCUUAAAAUCUAUGCACACCGCAAUAUCUCUUGAAAAUUUUUGGUAACUGUAUUCCGUGGCCACUCACAAAUGCCUUAUAUGCCUCCGACUAAAAAAAUCAUAUUCGUGUCGUCGCCCUUCACCUCAUUUAUAAAGUGUCUCCUUUUAUAGCGUAACAGACUUUCUCUACCACAGCUGCGUCACCUAGCUUAUACUAUCCCCAAACCUUAUAACAAAUAUCUUAUUAGAGCUCCAAGUG